CUUCUGUUUUCUAACUCUGAAAAAAUGACAAACACAAAAGAAGACAUCAGCAGUGAUUCAUUAACAGAGUCCAUUAAAGAGACAUUAGAUCCAAUACCGUAUUCUGUCUUCUCUAAGAGACAGAAAAUAACGAUUGUUGCUAUUGCUUCCAUGUCUGCAUUUUUUAGUCCAUUCUCAUCUAAUAUCUAUUACCCCUCUAUAAAGAUUCUUCAACAAGAAAUGCAAGUAUCAAGCAGCAUGAUUAACUUGACAAUCACUCUCUACAUGGUAUUCCAAGGAAUUUCACCUUCCUUUUGGGGAACUGUGGCAGAUAGCGUGGGAAGAAGGCCUGUUUUUCUCGCGACAUUUUUGAUCUAUAUAGCAGCUUGUGUGGGACUUGCGAGCGCCAAUAAUUUUGCUACUUUAGUUACAUUGCGUAUGUUACAGUCAUUUGGCUCAAGUUCAGCGAUUGCUGUAGGUGCAGGCACCAUUGGGGAUAUUUCUACACCCUCUGAAAGAGGGGGCAAUAUGGGUAUAUUGUCCAUGGGUAUCAUGCUUGGACCACUGAUUGGACCUUUUUUAGGUGGUAUAGUAACCUAUGAAUUAGGAUGGAGAUGGAUCUUUUGGUUAUUGGUGAUUAUGGCAUCAACAGUAUGGCUUUUACAACUCUUUUUUCUUCCAGAAACACUACGAAAACUGGUGGGCAAUGGUUCUGUUUGUGCUAAUCCAACACCUUAUCAAUACUGGAAAAACAAGAAACUAGACAAACAACUUGAGCCUGUGAUAGAAAAAGAUCCAAAUGAACCCAAACUGAUCUAUAGAAUGUUUCAAUCGUUUAUUUAUUUCAAGGAAAAAGAUGUUUUGGUGGUUCUUCUCUAUAGCUCAUUAGAAUUUGCAUGCUUACAAUGUAUUUUGUCAAGUCUUACACCCUUGUUUGUGGAUGCUUACCAGAUUGAUGAAUUUAAAGUGGGAUUGACUUUUUUGGCACCUGGAUUUGGCUCACUUUUAGGUUCUUAUGGAUCAGGCAAACUCAUGAAUUGGCGGUUCAAGAAAAUAGCUGAUUCUCUUCAUAUGGACAAGAAUAAAAGAGAAAGACAUAAUCUAGACCCCGAGUUUCCCAUUGAAAAGGCUAGAAUGGGCAAUGUUUGGAUCUAUGGCAUCUUGUUCAAUAUAGGCAUGAUUGCUUAUGGUUGGACUCUACAUUACAGAGUCAAUCUUGCCGUUCCUAUCAUUCUUAAUUUUGUCACCUCUUGUACUUCAGCAGCAACAUUUAAUGUGACAAACACAUUAUUAGUAGACUUAUUUCCCAAGAAUUCUUCAACCAUUGUUGCUACGAAUAACUUAGCAAGAUGCCUUAUUUCUGCAGUUGCUAUUUUAGUUGUGCAACCAGGCGUAGGCAAGAUUGGUACUGGAUGGACAUUUACGGCAAUCUCUUUAGCAUUACUUGCCUCUCGAGCAUUCUUAUUUGUUGAAUUAGCGUAUGGUCCGAGAUGGCGACACAAAAGAAAUGGGGUACAAUAAAAAAAAAUUUGAAGCUCUU